AUUUUUAUUAAUAACGAAUGGCACAAUUCAGCAAGUGGAAAAGUUUUUCCAGUGCUUAACCCAGCUACUGCCGAAAAAAUUUGCGAUGUUCAAGAGGGUGAUAAGGCUGAUGCAGAGAAAGCCAUUCAAGCUGCAAAAAAAGCCUUCCAAAUUGGUUCCACUUGGAGAACAAUGGAUGCCUCUGAAAGGGGACGUCUGUUAUACAAAUUUGGGGACCUCAUGGAACAAAAUCAUGAAUACCUUGCUAACCUUCAGAGUUUAGAAAAUGGAAAGACAUUUAAGGAUUCCUGUGGAGAUGUAAUUUUUGCCAUCAGGACAAUCAGAUACUUUGCAGGUUGUGCCGACAAAAUACAUGGAAAAACAAUUCCUGGUGAUGGUGAUACCUUUACCUACACUCGAUUGGAGCCAGUGGGUGUUUGCGGAUUGAUUAUUCCUUGGAAUUUCCCCGUACUUUUGUUCUGCAACAAGUUUGGUCCAGCCAUAGCUGCUGGUAAUACAAUAGUUUUGAAGCCUGCCGAACAGACCCCCCUGACUUCCAUCUAUCUGGCAAGUUUGGUCCUGGAGGCUGGAUUUCCUCCCGGUGUCGUCAAUGUGGUACCAGGCUAUGGCCCAACUGCAGGUGGCGCCCUCACCGCAUCUCAUGAUGUAGACAAAGUCUCAUUUACUGGUUCAACAGAGGUUGGGAAGCUGAUUCAACAAGCUGCUGGUCAAAGCAACACUAAAAGAAUAACAUUAGAAAUGGGUGGAAAGAGUCCUCUAGUUAUCUGCAAUGAUGUUGAUGUGGAUGAAGCUGUUGUAAUUGCCCACAAUGCAUUGUUUAUGAAUCAUGGACAGUGCUGCUGUGCAGGAUCUCGUACAUUUGUUCAUGAAGACAUUUAUGAUGAGUUUGUGAAGAAGAGCACUGCACUGGCCAUGAAACGUGUUGUUGGGGAUCCUUUUGAUGAUAAAACUGUCCAAGGACCUCAGAUUGAUGAUGAACAAUUUGCCAAAAUUUUUGAUCUUAUUGAAUCUGGCAAGAAAGAAGGAGCCAAAUUGGAAUGUGGAGGUGGUCGUCAUGGAAGUAAAGGCUACUUUGUGCAGCCAACGGUAUUUUCCAAUGUCCAAGAUCACAUGAGAAUCGCAAAGGAAGAAAUAUUUGGUCCUGUCAUGCAAAUUUUCAAGUUCAAGACUUUAGAUGAAGCCAUCGAACGUUCCAACAAUACAGAAUACGGCCUAGCAGCUGGUAUCAUUACAAAGGACAUCAACAAAGCCAUCCUGUAUUCAAAUGCUGUUAGGGCUGGUACAAUCUGGGUCAACUGUUUCUUUUCCGGCUCUGCUCAAACUCCUUUCGGGGGAUACAAAAUGUCCGGUCAAGGUCGAGAGUUUGGUACUGAUGCAUUACAUGAAUACUGUGAGAUUAAAACUGUGACUAUCAAGAUUCCCCAGAAGAACUCUUAAACAUGAGGAUUAAAUGAACAUUCUGCAUACUUUUCAAUUAUUAAAUUUCUAUUUUUCUAGUGUUCAUUCAAUAAAAUUUUGUUAAAGUAC